GAAUCUACCGUUUAUGUUUUUGCGAGACAGUGCUCAAGAUAGUUAUCAAGUAAAUGUUACAGCAUAAUCUUCGGAUGAUCAUUGUUCAAUCAUAAAAUACUCGAAGUUGUUAUUCUUACACUACUAGUGACUAGUGCCAUAUGUUGCUUUCCAUGGAAUCAUCAUUACGCGACGAUUGAAAAGCGUCACCGAAACGGAAAUCAGCAUCGAAAUAAUAAGCCUUAUUGUCAGUUUUUUACUGAAGUUUGGUAAAUGUAGUGUCUCAAUUUUCUAGUGGCCCGCGUUGUUUAAUCUUCAACUGCAAGCGGUCUGGAUAUUGUGAGUUUACGGUUUGUCGGAUUAUACACGUUGAAUACACCAGGCAGUUAUUUUAACUUCAUAGUUCUGGUUUGAUUCACCAUUCGCUGAUUCGAGUACUUAAUACCAUUGAAAAUGCUCCGCCUAGCUGUUUUUGUAUUGUGUUCAUUAUUUGGAUAUUCGUUAUGUGCUCAUUCCUGUGAACCAAACAGCGCAUUAUGUAUGGAAGCGAAAGGUCAGUUCGCUGUGCCCAAUGAGUGCCGGAAAUUCGCAAACUGCUGGGAUUCGUGUGCUACACUAUCGUCUUGCCCAGGAACUUUGGUGUUCAGUGAUGCUUUAGGAAAAUGUGACUUCUCCUGGAACCUGGCAGCCGACCAUCCGUGCUUUAAACCAAUGGGCAACAUCGGCGGCGGCAUAAUUGGUGACAUUCCAAAAAUAUCGCCUAUUCCACCCCUUAAUCCCUUGUUCCCGACGUUCUCCCCACUGGGAAACAUGCGUCAGCAGAUGAAUUCCGACGGUAGCAUGUCCCAGAGCUUUAGCAGUUUAUUUGGUUUCGACCAUCAACAGCAAGCGUAAAUCGAAAGGCCAUCGUUGUAAUAACCCAGAAUGGAGUUGCAUUAUUCAUCUUUUAAUUUCACAUCUUGGCUCGCACUAACAGCGCUUUAAAUAAACAUUACAGGAUCUAAAGCAGAAAACGGAUUUCUAAAAAGUACUUACUCUAUGUGCUUACGUUCAGUCCCAGAAUGCGAACACUGACAAUUACAGUAAACUGACAAAAUCAAAUUUUGCGCUGCACACAAAAUAAUGCGGCAGUUAUUUGACACAUGCGCGAUAAAGAAAUAAAAGCCUCACAAGCUCA